AUGGCGGAUUAGGUCGCUGCGUGUUUCUCUAUUUAAGACUAAAAUGUCCGUGUGUGAAGGCAGCGCAUCGCGUUUAGCAGUUAGUGAGAACACUGAUACUGUUCAUGUAAACACGGCCUCUGUUUCAGACGCCGAAACGAUACAAAACAGUAACAGUGACGUUACUAAUGUCCGUAAUGUUGAAGAAGCUCUGCUGCUUUUUUGUUUUGCAGAAACCCCCAAUGAUAAUGAACUUCUUAAAGGCUUGCUGACCGAUACUUUUUGUCAAGUGUGUGAGGCAGUACUGUUGUUUGAGUCUCAAAGAAUAUCUCACUAUCAGGGAAAGAAGCAUGCUCAGCGGGUUCAGAUCUACCUCCGGAGCAAGAAGGCUGAAAGGAGCAAGCAGAACAAAGAACACGGUAGCAUUCAGGGUUGUAGUGCAGGCCCAGAGAAGUUCUGUGAGCUGUGCAACAUGGUCUUUAGUUCCCCAGUGGUCGCCAGGUCUCACUAUGAGGGUAAAGUCCAUGCCAAGAAUUUGAGGAAAUCCAAUGCUACACUGUCUGUAGAUUCCAAGGCCAUGGCACAUCCAGUGGUUCACCCUGUAACAGUCAUAGAGGCCACUACACAGUGCAAGGUGAAUCAGGAACAGAAGGAAAGCUCUGACCCUACUUCCCAGGAGGUCGACCUGAACGAUCCCAACAAGUACUGCAAGCUGUGUACGGCCUCAUUCAACAACCCGCUAAUGGCUCAGCAGCACUACAGUGGUCGCAAGCACCAGCGCAAACAGGCACAGCAGGAGAUGCUGAACAGUCUCGGCGAAACAUCUGAACAUGUUAAUUCCCUCACAUGUCCACUGUGCUGCGUGACUUUCGGCUCUGUCGAUGUGUACCAGACUCACAUGCAGGGCAAGAAGCACCACAUGAAAGAGAGGAAGAUAGUUGAUUUAUGUAAGAAGAAAGAGUUCGACUCGUUCCAGGACGAGCUAGCCGACUACAUACAGGUCCAGAGGGCUCGCGGUCUGGAACCCAAAACAAAGCAGAGCUCUGAAAUUCAGGGACAGGAACAGAACGUGGAGGAUGAGCAGGAGGAUGAAGGUGCUGAGUUUGAUGAGAAGCUGCAGUUUCCUGCUAAUAUGUCAGAUCUUCCUCGACCUGCAUUUUAUUCACAACACCGGCGCCCGCCGUUCAAUCCUCAGCCCAUCCACGCUGCCGGCAGAGGAAGAUUCCACCAGGGCUGUACACCCUACCCACCUCCACUCAUCCCUGGCCUGACGGGCAGGGCAUUGCGAAAGAGGAGGUUACUGGAGACUUAUAGCUCCUCUUCGUCUUCACAUUCGGACUCCUCUUCGUCCUCUUACAGUAGCAGCAGCAGUGGUAGCAGUGAGGGCAGCAGGGACGAGAGCAGACUGAGAAGAAAGAGAAAAGAAGGGACAAAAAGACGGAGAAAGCAGGGAAAUGUUCCUGAUGAGAGUGUGGAAAAAACAAGAAGAAAAAGAAGCAAGGAUAGAAGAACAAGAGAAGAUGCCAAGAAAGCUAGGAGACAGAGAGACUCGAGUUCAGAGAAUGAGCAAGAGAAGACGCAGAAGGAGAAAAAGCACAGCAGGGGGCGUCAUAAAAAAGGACAUGGAAAGAGACUAAAGGAGAACCAGCUCUCUGUUGAUGGAGGGCUUAAUGUGGGAAAUGAUAAAGUGCAGACAGUAGAGCAGCAGACAUUAGAAAGAACAGAACAUAUAGAGGAAAAAUCAAAGCAGAAAAAAGAGAAGAAGAAACAGGAACGAGGGGACAACAGGACAGAAGAGGAGAAGCUCUGGGAUGAAACCAUCCUAGGGAUAUUCUAAUCAUUAUGAGAUGCAGUUUAGUUGUCAAUAUGUUACAUAUAUUAUUACGAUUCUUAAGGACAUUUAACUGUUGCAGAAUGUAUAACUAUUUCAUUUUCCUUAUUUAAACACUCACUUCUACAUGCAUAAACAUAAAUGCUUACUAGAUAACGUGGCAAAGAAUGUACGGUUAAUGCUGCACCCUUAUUUAUGUUCAGUUUGACUGUCAUCUCUGCAUGGUUGUCCAAAUAAUUACCAGUAGGUUUACUGUCCCUAGGAAUACUUCUUGGUCUUAAAGGUUCCAGACUUACCCUGACCCCAACUUUGAAAAUAAUAGUAAUGACAAAUAGCCAGCAAAGCUUGAAACCUGGCAGAUUAAAACUUUGAUGACACUUUAUUUAGAGUUUGACUCUCGGUGGUGGUGGGCUGGCACGUUAAACUACUGCACCACCUGAGCUCUGUUAUCAGCAGUUUUUAUGUGAUUAUAUAGACAUUAUGACAAAUCAUGAAGGACUUUAUGAAAAGCAUCACUGUAAAUAAACUGUAAUAAAACUGUUUUGAUGCACCUUUCCUACAUUUUCUACAAAAGUUUGUAAUACUACUUCUCUAGAUGUUCACACUCCUCCUAUGUGCCGUUUUGUUUCAUGUACAAAAGCGCCUUGUACCUUGAGGAGUCUCUGAAGCCCCCUGAGAUCUCCUGUUUUCAAAGAAUCCUGUGGUUUUGUUCCCUGUGUCUCAGUCAAACCUUCGACCCCCAAAAGGCAUGCGCCUUGCCCACAUCCUCCGUCUUUACGACCCUCACAAAGGCUUCUGAGGUGUUCUAGACCUUCAAGUGAGACUGGAGGGGGGGCGAUUAGAGCCUGCAGCCCAAACUCCCACACUCCGAAUGUAGCAGCUAAACUGCCUACAGCAGUUACAUGAUAUUAUAAAUGUAUAAUAUAUGUAAUAAUGUUUAAAUUAAGCUUCUUAAUAAAUAAUUUCUUUACAGGUU